GUUACUUUCAAAAUUGAAUAACAGAGGAGCUAGAGUUGCAUACAAAACAUAACCUAAAUCUCUGAAGUUGUGUUUAUUAUUUGACAGUGAAAUAUAUUUUUCAAAAUGUCACUUAAAAGGAAAUUGACACAAGAUGAUUUGCGUAAAGCUAUGAGUGAACACAAAAAGAAAUUAGGAGCUGUUAAAAAAAUUGAAUCGCCGUUAGCAAAAUAUACAGAUGCAGGACAACUUAUGUGUAUUUUGUGCAAAGCUGCUGUACGUAGUGAAGCAGUCUGGACAGUGCAUUUGAAUUCAAAGACUCACAAGGAAAAUAUAAUAUUAGCAAAAAAGACUAAAUUGGAAACAGAAUCACCGACAGUUACGACACAUACAUUCAAAAGACCUGUGUCUCCUGUGCAAGAACCGGGAGCAAAUAAAAAGAUUAAGGGCAUACUGAAAAAUGCUACAGUAAAAUCAGCACAAGUACCUUCAAAUUUACCAGUAGAUUUCUUCGAUAACCCUUCUAAGCAAGGACUAACAGUACCUUUAAAUACCACUGUGAUAAAAAGAGGAUCUGAAAAUGAUAAGGAAAUAGCCCAGGAGAAAGAAUUUAAAAAUGGAGAAGCAGAAGAGGAGAAUGAUAAAGAAACAGAGAGGGGUAAAGAUGCAAAUCAACCAGUUCUUCCUGAAGGAUUUUUUGAUGAUCCAAUUUUGGAUGCUAAAGUUCGUAAUGUAGAAUACAAAAAUCCCAUAGAAGAAGAAUGGGAAAAGUUUCAGAAAGAAAUCAAAGAGGAAACAGCACAAUCUGCACAAAUUAUUGCAGAGGAUCAGGAGGAGGCAACAACAGAAAGGCAAUUAGAUGAAAUAGAAGAACAAAUUAGACACUGGUCCAGAGUAAUGGAUUUAGUAAAACGCAAAGAACAAGUACAGGCCACAGAUAGGAAGCAAAACAACACGGAUGAGGAUAACUCCAGUGGAGAUGAGGCUGAUUUUGAUGAAUUUCUUGAUUGGAGAGCAAAAAAUUCGUACAAAUAAAAUUUUACCAUGUACAGUAUUCACGUUCUUGUAUAUAUUUGAAAGUGUUAUAUACUUUCAAAAUAAUUUUGAAAUUGUAAACAUUGUUGGAUUAAUCAAUCUUCUAUGCAAAAUUCUAAGUUUUUGUACUAACACUGAGAAGUGCAUAACUUCAACAUUGAUCUGGUCCAAAUUUAAUUUAUAACAAUAAACAAAGUGGAUCAAUUUGUA